AUGACUGAUUUCAACCCGUUAGCUAGGUCGCCUUUGGUUGGAACCCCUCUACCCUUACGAUCUGGCUUCGCGAACGGAACGGACGGAUCGGACGGAUCGGACGGAUCGGAUGAUAGCAGUGUUGACACUAUUGGGGAGACAGCGACUAUGUGUGUCAAAGAGCGCGAACGUCUUACAACAGUGGCAAAACGGAUGACUGAAAGUCUACUGGAAGCCACAGAUUUGCUCGGUGGAAUUCCGUGGAUGCUUGUGCACGAGAAGCACGGGAUAUCGCUCUUUCGCGCUGACGCUGCGACCAACGUGCCAUGCAAUGUCCAUGCCGUGUGUCGAUUUGCCUGUGACAUCGAAGACGUUGCUGCAUCACUUAUCACGCCAACGACGAACUCGUUUAAACGAAUGAUGACCAUGCUUUCAUCCGAUUUCUUAGAUGGCGCUGUGGUGCACACAAUCGUUGAGCCCACACCAGCCACGCCCCACCGUCAUGUCGCUCUUAAGUGGGCGGCUUUUAAAAGCUCUGGGCCUUUUGCUAAAGACCGCGAUUUACUUAUGCUUGAAUAUGUCGACAUGAUAGAGGAUACACAGGGACAGAGGACUGCGUUUCGCAUAAUGGAAUCAAUCGACACUCCACCAGGUUUUUCUGAUUUUGCCGAGUCUUCAAAGUAUACUCGCGAUCUCGUACCACUCAUUGGAUUCAUGUAUCACUCGACAAAACGCACGGGCGAGCUACGAAUGACAUAUACGUGCAACUUUGACAAGAAUGGCGACCUUCCUGCUUGGGUGGCAAAUUCGGCCAUUCAAUCGCAUGUAGAAAAGUGUAUUAAUGGAAUCUUGAGAUAUACGGAAAACUUUCGUUUAGGUCGCGAAGAGAUUGUGCUUUCUCAACAAGUUGUUCCAAUGGGUGAGCAGGAUCAUUGCCGAAUUUGUUCGAAGAAGUUCUGUGUGCGUCGUCGCCGUUACAAUUGUCUUAAAUGCGGUGAUGUGUGCUGCAGCUCUUGUAGUUCGGUACGCAGUACAUACGUACCAGAGAUUGGCGAGCGUCAGCUUCGAGUUUGCACAGCAUGCGUCAUUAAAGCGCGUCAGGCGUUGCGUACCGCUACUAAUUGCUUGGAUCAGGUAGGCGCUUUGUCAGGCUGCAGUAGUAGCUCAAACCAGGUUCAAUCAGACGAGUGCAAAUCGCCUCGCAUACUUAAUCGCGCACAGAGCUUCACGGUGACCAGACCCGAGACGAAGUACGACACUCCAAAGCGUCGAUCUUACGACGAUCUUCUUGAUCCCGUACGCUGCCGACUCAUAGAAUAUAAGACAUUUUCAUUAGGUACUGACGAGAGACAUGGCGCUACUACUGGCUCAUUCAUCGGUGUGCCUAAGGCUAGCUUCCCAACUCGAUCUUUUAGUGAUGGUCUUGUUAUGCGUAACAAAGCCCUCUUUACGGCUAAACGUCGAGGCAGCCCAGCAGAUCUAGCCAUUUCGAUCGAAGCCUUUCGUUUGCACCAACUGCGUAUGGGCAAUGCUGAACGCCAUCCUGAGAAUGAUUUGGAUGAAAAUGGCAAUAAUACGGACGACGAGUCUUGUACAUCGUGCUCUUCCGAUUCGCCGACGGACACGAUGAAACGACGGUCGCCCACAGUCCCACUUCCUUGUACUGGCCGCUAUUGCGCUCAAGCUAAUGAUGUGAGAGUUCAAGAUCCAAUGACGAAAAAUGGGGAAGACAAGUCUGAAUUUGGUGAAGCGAUGGCGCGCGCCAAGAACAUCAUUAUUGCAGCUAAAUACGCAAACAAUCUGGCCCAGGAAGCCCGAAAGAUUUCGCAUAGCCGUGUAGUAGCACUUCAACAAGAGCACGAGGUCAUGGCACCUAUGCAUCGUAAUGAUGGCGACCAGAGCAGUAAUAACCCUCGUCAUAGCCACCAUGGAAGUCGUUUUGAAUCAUCGGCGGGUGUUGGAGCCGUGCUGUUUUCUAAAUGA